AGAACCGACAGGCAGUCUGACGUCGACACAAAUGUACAACGUAUCUGUCUGAGACCCACACGCGGACACAUCACGUCAGUCCGCUUCGAACCCGGGCAGAGGGGACCCGAACCCCGGUAACCAUGACAACGGGCUCAGUGGCGCCUCCACUCGUGGGGCUCGUGCUGCUGUGUCUCCGGGUUUGGCUGUCGGAAAGCACAGGGGCAAGAGCCUCUGCGGAUGAUGACGUUCUGCUGCCAUACGCCCACGACCAUGGCCCCUCACACUCUCAUCGCCACGUUAGAGACUGCUUGUCCGUGGCUAACGGCAAGACCACGUAUGAAACAUGGCCGUCCAGUAGCCGCAGUGGACUCCCGGUGGCUGAAUCCACUGUCUUCGUAUCAGACUUGUCAGACAGCCCAGACAGGUCCCGCUGGGUCUAUGGUCACAUGACAGUGGUUCACGACCCUCUGAGGACGUUGUCGGUGUUGGAACCAGGUGGGGCAGGUGGCUGUGAGAAAAGCCACAGGGUGACGGUGGAGGAGACUGCCAAGGCUGCCGGGUGUCUGUACGCCCAGAACGCCGGCUUCUUCAACGUCACCUCCGAUGCAUGUUUGGGCAACGUGGUGAGCGAUGGCAGGAUGGUGAGGGACAGCGGCGGGGUGCAGAACGCUCAGUUCGGCAUCAGGAAGGACGGCAGCCUGGUGUUUGGGUACCUGGCACGGGAGGAUGUUUUGGACGAGUUCAACCCGUUUGUUCAGCUCGUCAGUGGGGUGGUAUGGCUGCUGAGGAACGGCGAGGUUUACAUCAACCAGAGCCUGAAGGCUGAGUGCGACAAGAUAACCGACCAGGAGGUGUUUCGUGAGUUUGUGGAAAUGCAGUCAGCGAGGACGGUGGUGGGUCAUGACGCCAGGGGCAACGUGGUCCUGUUUCAUGUGGACGGACGAAGCAAGGAAAGAGGGAUGAAUCUCUGGGAGGUGGCAGAGUUCCUGAAGAAGAACGAGGUGAUCAACGCCGUCAAUCUGGAUGGAGGCGGGUCCUCCAGCUUUGUGGUCAACGGCACGUUGGCCAGCUACACAGCUGACCAGUGUAAAUCAGACAGUAGGUGGCGUUGUGCUCGUCCCGUCUCCACCAUCCUGUGCGUCCAUGAGCGGCGCUGCGAGCCGUCAGACUGCAGCGGACACGGCGACUGCACCACCGGGAAAGGGGUUUGCAGGCUGAAGGAGACUGGCUGCAUCUGUGAUACUGGAUGGAGAGGAAAGAACUGCAGCAAAAAGUGCUCGCCAGGUUACUACGGCGACGGCUGCAAACACACCUGCGCGUGCUUUAACGGAGCUCUCUGUAACCACGUCAACGGACGCUGCACGUGUCCGCCUGGUUUCUACGGCAACUCCUGUGAAGAAGCGUGUCCUCCAGGUUUCUACGGUCUGUCCUGUGCUGAGGAGUGUCAGUGUGAAGACCAGUGUCCAUGUGACCCGGUGACAGGAAGCUGCGCUGCCGACAGAGGAUUCAACCAAGCCGGACGGUGUUUGGCUCAACUCAUGUUUACGAAACGGAAACAACAGGAAGGAGAUUGUAGAGAGAACCCUUAUCUUUCAGAACAGACGUGGCUGAUAAUCACCGGCGUGCUGGCCUCUCUGCUGCUGGGACGCCUGGUGGUUCACGCCGUGCGGGUGAGUCGGAAAUGGAUUCUCUCUGGUUAUUUCUACACUCACGUUCCACAGAGGGAAGUCAACGCAGAGGCGAUGCCUGUCAGCUUGUUUCAACUUCACUGACACCAGAAGAGGAUGUUACAGGGAUAUAAACUGAAACUGGAGUUUAUUCCUCAUGUUUGAAGACGUGAUUCUGUGUGUGAAACAAACAUUUCUAACAUUUCUGACUGCACCCAGCUGCACAGUAUAACUAUUUAAAUAAUAACUGUUCAUGUAAACACAGUAUGUUCAGCAUAUUAUCAUAAUUAUUUGAUGGUAAUUGUGUGUGUUUUCUUUAUAUUUAUACUGUGUAUAAAAUAAAAAGAAAU